CCCUAACCCUAACCCUAACCCAAAAUCCAAACCCCAACCCCACAUGAUCACCUCUUCCAGUUUUAGCCUCUCUCCCUCUCUCUUCUUGCACUUCUUCUCUCCCAAACUCUCAACAACCAAACUUAUCAUCUCCAUAGACAAAAACCAACUUAAUUUCUUCACUCAUCACAUGAGUUUGUAGUAGUAGUAAUAGUAGGGAGAAAGGAAAGAUGAUCACUUGAUUCAUGUCUUUCAGCUGAAAAUUUGGUGACUGGUGCUUAAAAGGCCCACCCUUUUUUACUUGAUAUCUAGCUACUAUAAUCCACCCAUAGAACAAUCACCCCAAAUCUCUCUCUCUCUUCUCUACCACUCUCUCAGUUGUUCAAUUCACUAACUAGAGGAGAUAUUAACCAUUAGAGUAAAAGAUGGAUCCAGUUACAGCACGUGGUCGUCCUCUUCCACCUCCUUUCCAUGCUAGAGAUCUCCAUCUACACCAUCACCAUCAAUUCCAACAACAAAAUUCCGAAGAAGACCAAAUUGGCAAUGGUAGCUUGAACCGUGGCCAGAAACGAGAUCGCGAAGACAUGGCCGCCACCACCAGCAACACAAGCAUCUUUGAUCAAGCCAAAGAAUUGGUCCCUUCAGGGAGCGGCGAAGGAGGAGGAGAAGGAGGAGGAAAAAUGUCGCGAAGACCACGAGGCAGGCCGGCCGGGUCCAAGAACAAACCAAAACCACCAAUCAUAAUCACAAGAGACAGCGCCAACGCUCUAAGAUCCCACGUCAUGGAGAUCACCAACGGAUGCGAUGUAAUGGAGAGUGUUUCAACUUUCGCGAGGCGGAGACAGAGAGGGGUUUGUAUUUUGAGUGGCAAUGGAACUGUCACUAAUGUCACUCUAAGACAACCAGCUUCACCCGGUGCUGUUGUGAAUCUCCAUGGUAGAUUUGAGAUUCUAUCACUUUCUGGAUCCUUCUUGCCUCCUCCGGCUCCACCAGCCGCCUCCGGAUUGACUAUUUAUUUGGCUGGUGGGCAAGGACAGGUUGUGGGAGGGAGUGUGGUUGGGCCGUUAGUGGCAUCCGGCCCGGUCGUUGUUAUGGCUGCUUCGUUUGCUAAUGCCGCCUAUGAGAGGCUGCCGCUGGAGGAAGAUGAGGGGUCGGCUGUGCAGAUUCCUGGGAGUAGUGGGCCGUUAGGGUCUCCGGGAAUCGCCGGACAACAUCAGCAGCAACAGCAACAACUAUUACAAGAUCCAAAUAGCGGUUCUUUACUUCAUGGGUUGCCACCAAAUCUUCUAAACUCUGUGCAAUUGCCGUCUGAGGCUUAUUGGGGCGGCACAGGUCGCCCUCCUUAUUAAUUUAAACGUAAACUAUGCUUCUUCUUUUUUUCUUUUUUUAAUUUCCCUUAAUAGUUACGACUUCAUCACUAUCACUUCUUCUUCUUUAUUUAUCAAUCACUGGCCUCUUCAUUCUUCUUCUUCUAUAAGGUAGCUUAAAUAUUUGAUGUUCAAUAUUCCAUAUCCAAGAUCGGUGUUGAUCACAGAUUGAGUUUGAUUGAAUUGGUUGGGUAUUCUUGUUUUGCUUUGAUUUAGCUAGGAAUGAAAGAUGGAGUAGCUAUUUGUUUGUUGCUGUUCCGGUAAACUACUUAUGUCUCACAGUAUUAUAUAUUUGUUGAUUUACUGAAGGAGUUU